AUGGACACAAAAGGUAGUCCGAAAAUUCUAGCAAGCUCUUUGAGCAACCCACUGUUGAAAAAAGAAGGGGUCGUAUACAUAGCAAUUAAAGGUUCAUUGCAUGCAACAGAUUGUUCUGUAUUUGGAGCACAAGAAGAAGAAGUACGGGUUCUGGCGAAAAAAUAUGACGUCGGCUUGAAUGGCUUUUCGAUUCGAGACAAUGUUGUCGAAGUCAUAAAUUUAUUUAGCAAACUUGGGUACAGGAUCAUUUCCAGCACUGGCGAGUCUGAAAUCACUUGGACUAUGCAAAAGGAGAUCUAA